AGAGGGGGAAAAAUGGGCGAUUUAUUGGUGAGAUAGGCGCAUUCCUUCCCAUGCACCAAAGAAAUAUUGGAUUGCAAUGUCGGGAUCAAGCCACAUCAUGACAUUGUUUGGAAGCGAGGUGCUCAAACAUCAGGGCGACCAGAUGAGGAAGCGGAGGGAGAGCCCGUGCACCCUCGAGACGGCCACGUUGCUCAGUCCCCUGGGGACCGUCCGAGUCGACGCGUGUGACAGCGGCGUGCACGCCGUCCGGAUCCUAAUGGAUGUCGCACCUGCUGAAAGGAGCGGCGAGCCCCCUCCGAGCCUCCGCCCGGUCAACGGCGGCUCGGCGGAAACGAGCCCCGAGUUGCGGCGCUGCGUCGAAUGGCUCCAGGCGUACUUCGCCGAUCCGCGCAGCGCUGGGAGUCUCCCGCCGCCCGCCUUUCACCACCCCGCCCUCGGAGCAGACACGUUCACCAGUCGCGUGCUGAACGUCCUGUUCAGGGACGUGAAAAUCGGGGAGACGGUCUCCUACAAACGCUUAGCUGAGAUGGCAGGAAACCCAAGAGCGGUGCGGGCAGUGGGCGGGGCCAUGAGGAAGAACCCGAUUCCGCUCAUCAUCCCCUGCCACCGCGUCAUUUUGAGCAGUGGCCAGAGCGGCCCGUACAUGAGCGGCAGGGGCGACCACCUCAAACAAUGGCUGCUGGCCCACGAGAGGCGGCGCGAGGAAGGCUGACGCACGACGGACGCCAACUGUAUCAAGUAUUUAAGAGGUGGGGGGGGGGGGAACCCUCUACACACAAACACAAACACACAUAAAACAAAAGGCGCAAAGUUGAGUGUGUACGUAAAUAUUCAAUUUCAUUUCAUUUAAAAAAAAAAAAAUCUAAGAAUAGAGAUGCCUGCAUAGUUAAUGUGCUCGCGAGUUGCUGCAGAAUUAGAAUGUACAAAAAUAACUUAAACAGAGAACAGUCUGAAUUACAAACAUAUGCUCCCGUGGGCCUCCACUGCGUUUGCCAGAUAGUGCUUGGAAUGGUUUUUCUAAAGAGUUAUUAUUCCCUUAAAAAUAUGUCUCGCAUAUUGUUGUUGUUGUUGUUGUUAUUAUUUCUUUCUUUUUUUUUUUUUUCUUCCUGAGAGCAGAAUUAGUCUUUGUACCUCUCGUUGGUUUUUUAAUUUCCUGCCAAGCGAGUGCUUUGUUCGACAUCCAGUGAUAAAGGCUCCGAAUUUUGCCGCUACAAAGCUUUGUAGUGGAGUAUUUGUUUUGUCUCCAUUUAGAUCGCAUUGUUUGCCCCCCCGUCUGAAAAUCCACCUCCAAUCGCUGAUGAUGUCUUAUGCAUUCCAUACAGACGCCUUUUCAAAUCGACGCGUCUCCACGUGUCAAAUUAGUGCUUUUCAUCAUUUUUAAUUGCGUUUAUUUACAAUAAAAAGUUGACUGCCUUGGGCUCAUUCCC